UCGUGCACACAGGCCUCAGCGCCAUUAGUGCUGUCGCUUUAAAAAUCCGCCAUGCUUGUGUUUAUAUGCAGUGUUCUCUUCAAAUGUGCUGUGGAGGUAACGGCGAUGGGCACAUGAUCACGUCCUAAGAUAAAAAUAAAAAAAUAGAGGCGAUGUCGGAAUCGACGUUGCCAACUCGACCAAGGCGCAAGCAAGCUGUGCCGCUAAAAUAUGAAGGCAGCGGAGACGACUCGGACGAUGACCUGCCGAGUGACAUACUUGACAUUGACUUUACUCCUACGCCAAGAAGUGCCUCGUCAAACAAUUCUCAAGCCAGGCAGAGACGUUCUCAAGGUCAAAAAAGGCUGCUCGUUAAGCUCAAGAUUAAAAAGAGUGGCAGCAAGGGAGCUUACGUAGAACGUGCCGACGAUGAGGAUUUCUCACCCAGGGCAGCCAGGGCACAGAAACGUAGAAAAAAGCGAACUCCUUCCACAAAAAAGUCCUCGUCGUACUCCCGGAAAAGCACAAAAUCUAAAGCCCAAACCUCAUCCGCAUCCAAAGGUUACGAGAGCAGCCACACACCGAAAGGCCUGAAGAAACAGAUCGUCACCUAUGCUCGAGCAAAUACGGUUGAUCAAGCAGCAAAGAAGUUCAGAGUACCAGUACACAAAGUCAAACACUGGAUGAAAGCUGACCAGACCGUUGCACCCCCAACCUCAAAGCCCGAAGUCAGAAACACAUGCAAUAUUCCUGACCCGUUCCCGGCCUCUUUCAAGUUGUUCUCCAUUGGUGUGGCAGAAGAAAAAAGUGUCAAGGAAGCCAGCAUACUUCUUUCUUUGGAUGAAAGUCUUAUGGAAUACUGGAUAAAAGGGAAACUGGAAAUAACCAGGAAAGUAAACUCUGGAAACAUUCCGCAGUGGGAGACGGACGUGUUUGUCGGUGUCCGAAGAGACGCACUCGCAGGCCACGAAAUAAGUGUGUCAGAUCUGAUGUUCAGGGCUGAGUCACUGAAGGUGGAUGACACAAAGGUUGACUUGCAGUGGGCGCAGCGGUGGUGUGAACGAUUCGGAGUGCUGUUCAAGGGAACUUCCCGCUUAAGUGGAUCAAAGGAGCUGAAUGAGGUGACUCUGCUGCAGUUGCCUCCAGAAAUGACAUGUUUCACACCGUAUGUAAGGCCGCCAGCAAAAGAGAGCUCCCCGGCAGCACCUCCAUCACCACCACCCGCAUCGCCGCCGCCUUCUCCUCCAACGCCCCCACCAGCAACGAGGCAAAGGCGAACAAGGUUUAGGGGUGCCAGUGAGAUUGAUCUGGAGCUGUGGGCUUGGUACAAGAAAAUGCAAAAGAAAGGUAGAAAGCUCACCAAGGCUAUCGUUUGCGCUCGCGCUCAGCGCCUGUUCCAGAAACAUGGUCAUCCUGAGUUCAGAGCAGGCGAUGGUUGGCACAGAGCAUGGAAGAGGCGCUGUGAGCAAAUGAAUCCACAGGAUCUCUCUGUCGAUGAAGAGGACGUUGAUGUUGAAGAUGAAUCAAGCACAACUUCACAUGGUCACACUGAGAGCCAAGAUGUGCCUAGUGAGAAACCGGAUGCAGCUUUAGCUCCCGCUGAAGCACAAAGCCAUGAAAAACAUCAACAGCCCGCUGCAACAGAUCAACAACAAGUUGCCGUGGACCAGCUUGUUGCUGCUACUGCCAUGUCUGCCGAGCCCCAAGCCAUGCCUGCACAUCACCCGGUCCUUCAUACAGCCGUGCCAGACAGACCAGUUCAUGAACCACCUGCCUCUGAGACUCAUGCUGUUCCUGACACACACGCAAAGUGUGCCACUCCAUCAAGUCAAUCAUUGCAUUCUGCAGUAGUGCCAUCUCAUCACAUGCAUCCUGUAACUACAUCAGUGCAGCCGCCACGAGAAAUGGUCAAUACUCUGAUAACUACAUCACCGCAACCACCUCGAGGAAUGGUUCACGCCUCGCAGCAGCUGAGCCCACAUCUGUUGCCACCUUCACUGGACAGAAGUAGUGGUCAUGGCGCGACACUCUGCAAUCCCCAUUAUACUCCGUUGUGUGGUCAGUCGCAGCAGCAUGGACAGCACGCAGGUCCACCAUAUCCAACCCCAGACAUGGGAUUAGACUCCCAGCGACUCUCGCGUCCAUUCUACCAGCUUCAUCAAAUGACGCCACCGCCUGUCCAGAAUAGUCACAUGUUUUAUGGCUCAUACUGGACGGACCAGACUCACAUGAGAGGCAACGAAACGCACAAAAACGAUAAUAGGCAGCCUGUUGCUCCACCGUUUUAUGACAGCUAUGCCAACUAUGACCACGGCAUGACACCUGCGUGCUCCUUAGAAGUGUCUAACCAACCCUACACAGACUAUGGACAGUCAUCAUCAGCUCCUCCUGCUGCAGAGAGUAGCAACAGCAACAGCAGUAGUGCUGCUGCUGCUGCUGCACAGAAGAAGAAAAACGAGCGGUACCUUCCAGACUUUAAGUUGCAGGUCGUUAAGUUUGCCUUGCAGUCAACCUUUAAGAAGACUGCCGAGCACUUUGGGGUUCACCAUUCAACGGUGGCUGAAUGGUGCCGGGAUCGAGAGAAGCUAGAGCGGCUCUUCCCACAUGAGAAGGGCAGCCUUGUUAAAAGCACAGAGACUGCCACUGUUUCACCUGCAGAGCAGAUGUUUGUAACUUGGCUUACUGAUUGCAAUGCAACAAAUGCGAAGCUAGAUGCUGCUCAAGUGAAGGACAAGGUCAAAGAAAUCAUUCGAUAUUUUGGAGAAGACCAGGUUAAAACAAACUGCCGGUGGUUGUAUGUGUGGCACAAGAAAAGACUCGAAAUGGAGCAAAUGAUUGAAGACCUUCCCGAGCUGCAGUCCAGCUCAGGGAAAGAAUUCCGAAUUGCAUUUCCUCCUGCUGUCAAGCUAGAAAUUGUAAAGGUAGCUGAAAGGUUAAAGUUUAGUGAGGCCUCAAAGUACUUCCAGAUUGACCGAAACAGUCUGUCAGACUGGAGCAAAACUCAGGAAAAACUUAAGGCUAUGGUCAAAGAAGGCAAAGUGCGAAAAAAAGAGGUAUCAAAAAGUAAGAAGGCUUUGGAGGCUGAAAAGGAGGUUUAUCAGUGGUACCAGCAAUGCAGAAGCAGUGGCUUCAAGCCAGGGCCUAAUGAAGUCCGUGCCAAAGCGGCAGAGACUUACCGCAAGUAUGGCGACACCACAAUGAAAUGCAGUAUUGGCUGGUACUCGAGAUGGUCUCGACGUUUUGGCAUACAGCUGCGAUACGAAAAAGAUGAUGAGAUUCUCGAGUGGGUAUUGGCACAGCUAGAGCAAAAUCGCAGUGUUACUCACAAUGAGAUUCAGACGCAAGCUAUAGCGACUUUAUCUCAGACAAGGGCAGGUUUCAAGUGCUCUGCAGGUUGGCCCAUUCGAUUCUGCAAGAGACAUCAGGCACUCUUGCAGAAGAUGCCUACCUUGGACACUCCGCUGCCAGCAGUUCUUGAAGAGAAGAUCUCCUCUUUCCGGCUGGAAGUUCAGAGGUUACAGGAGCAGUGUGGUGUGACCAGUGCAGCUAUCGGUGCCAUGGAUGAAGUGCCUCUUUAUUUCUCAUCUGGUGCAGGUGGUGGUACAGGCACAGGUUCGCUGCUUGUUCGCCGCUGUGGUUUUGAACAGUCACAGGCUAUUGUGUUUCUGGCCUGUCUCUCUGACGGCGGUGUCUUACCACCUCUCGCUGUGCUUAAGGGUUCAAGCAGUGUCUCGGAAGUAAAUGGCAUGUUUGUCCUUUGCCAGGAAGAAAUGAAAGUUGAUCGAAACACUGUUGAAUACUGGGCAGAGCGCGUCUGGGGUCGGUUUGUGCCAUCGCCGAGCUUCCUUAUUUUGGAUUCAUUUGAGCCCCACAAGCAGUUUGCUGCUUCAGCUGGCAGCGACAUCAAGGUGGCCAUAACACCACCAGCUUGCUCCUCACAGACUCAUCCUGUUGUUGUUUGGUUGCGAAGAAAGUUUCAGGCCCUGGUCAACAAGAUGUCAGUCGACAGGGGCUCCUCUAGAAGCAUACCAACAGUCCAGGAAAUGCUGGAGUGCAUUGCUGCAGCUUGGCGUCAUUUGCAAGCAACAAGCCACGAUGCAGUGCAGAAAAGCUUUGCAGUUACUGGUGCUCUUCUCACAGGAGAUCCCGAUGAGGAUGACAUGAUUGGUAGAGCAGACCUUUUGCCCGAUGUGGACGAGGAAGAUUUUACAUAAUUUUAUACACUCGUGACAAGCUGUCGUCUUGGACUUGAUGCAGCUGGCAUUGGUUAAUUCAUCCACUGUGGGCCAUAUACACUUGUUUAGAUACUUGAAGUUAAGGCCAAGGGAAGCUUUCGAAGUACCCAUACUUCGCUCAUCUGUGCUUACCUUAGGAAGCAUGUUUUGUGCAAUCUUGCUAGACUAAGAUGCACUCUUUUGCAUUCCUAGUAUUCUCAUAUGAGGGGAACUACUUCCCUGCAAGCCCUUCUUGUAUUUCUGUUUCAGUGGAGAUAUGAUGAAAAAUUUUAGUUAAUCACAAACUACUGGCAUAUUCAUGUGGUCUUUUUAGAGCACUCUGGUAGCACUGCAAAGGUAAUUUAGGAAGGCAAUAAAGUGCUACUGCUUGAAUAAGCAAGUUCUACAGAUGAUCAUGAAGGCAGGUUUUCACUGCCGUACCCGGUUAUUCUCAUAAUACAGCAUUGAAGCUGUUCAUCACCACUUCCAUAGAACAGCCAGAGCAUUCUCAAAACAACCACCCGAAGGUGCCAUAAGAAUGCAGUAGAAGCUGCUCUACAAUAGUGUGUUAAUAUGCCACAAGAAUGCAGUAGAAACUACUCUACAAGAGUAUGCUGUGCCUGCUUUGCAUUUUUCCUUGUCUAGAAAGGUGCUUCUGUGCUAUUACAGUUAAUGACAAACCCAUUGUAGUCACACAUGCACAGAUAGGAAGGCCAGCUAAAGGGAGGUGCAAAUGGUAGGGGAACUUGACACACAAACACCCACAAGAAAUGCAGAGAACCACUGCUGUGGUGAGUAAAGCCAGCAAAGGAAUGCAUGCAGGGGCACGCCACCAGGAUGGUGCAUGGGCUUGCUAUCGAGCAGGCAAUGCAAACAUGCACACACGUUGGUAGCUUUAAUUGGCACAUGCAGCUUCUUGAAAGAACUGUGUUUACCGAGCAGUGUACUGCAAACGCUCGUAUGUAGAGGGAAAGGGCACUGAGGCAACACAGUAUCUAGUAGUGUUGAGAGAACACAAAUGCAUGCACAUGUGAAUGAUUGAUAAUUGGCCGGUAUGUGAUAGAUCAACAUGUGAGCACAGGCAUUACGAGAGAACCCAUCAGCGGCAGUGAUGUGCUGGUGCAUGUAUGUAGACUUCCUUUGAGGUGUGCUUGUUGCUGCAUUCUUGACCUGGCAUUAACCCUUUGCGGUCAUUGGCCAGGCCUCUCCCAACACUCAAAAAUAUUAGUGCUGGUCACUUGCCGGGAGGUGGCCGAUACGCAAGUGCACUUGCACAUGCUGGUUGUUGUAGCACCUCUCGGAAACUUUUUAAACUUUUGAUAAAUGCAAUUCCCAGUGUCUGCGUGCGAGGGUAGCAAAUUUUUUGACAGCAGUCGUGAAAUGCAUGAACACUUUUUGUCGUGCAGAACAUCAAAGAUAGCAAUGUUUUCUCUGCAUACAUUUUACCGAAGGAGUUAACUGGCAUGAUGAAUUUGGUGAAUCUGAAAAAGAUUUUAGUUUCGAAGAGGAAUAUAUGCCACCUUCAGAUGACAAGCAAACAUCCUCGAAUGAGAGCACUGAAGGAAAAAAGAAGCAAUGAUGAGGACCAUAGAAAAUGGUAUCUGUGGUGAUUACUCACUGUGUGAUGCUAGCUGCAAAAUGUCCAGUAUGCAAGAGCCUCAGGAAUAAGGAAAAUUUUUCUUUAAUAAUUCUCUGAUGAUGUGUUUGUUCACACAAGAGCUCUUUCUGCAUGGAGUCCAAAACAUGCAAUACAAUUUCUCAUUAGAAUGACUAUAGAGUGGGUAAAUGCUCAUGACCACAAAAGGUUAACUAUAGGUACCUUUACAGAAAGCUUGGAAAGAUUCGAAGUGAAGAAAGUGUUGUCACGCACUCAGCGUUGAAGUCGUGCAAUGGGCAUCUGUUAACACAGCAUUUGUUCCAGAAAUAAUUGCUCUGUAUGCUUUGUCUUGCAAAUGCUCUAGCUUUGUAAAUCUGGAGAAGUGGCAAAGAAAAACUUUGGCUGUCGAUAUAUUCAUCGUGACCAGCACAGCCACUGCUGUGCGUUUUCUCUGAUUAAAAUGAACCGCAAGCUGAUAUUCCAAGGCCUGACUGGGAAGCAUUGUUUUCCUUUGUGAAAGUGUAUAGAUACUCAUUGAGUGAAAUGAAAGGUUGAAUUAAUGAAAGGUUGUACUGCACAUUUGCAAGAAGAUACCUGACAUAUUUAGCAGUAAUGCAUUAUUAAUGCCAGUAUGCAGGGUUGUGUCAAAUAAAUCAGCUUUCUUUGUAAUUGCCAAAUUCCAGCACCAUUUUGCUAACAAGAAUCGCACAAGGUAUAAAUGUUUGUUAUGUCGCUAUAAGGCACUCAUCUGUACUGAUUAUUUCAUUAAUUUAUUAUCAUUGUUACUACUAACAUCCGUCAGUGCAUUUUUUUUCUUCGUUUACCAUUGAAUUGCAUAAAUAGCAGUCACGUUUGCCCAUGUAUAGUUACUUUCUUGAGCACUAUGUAAAUAACAAUACCCAAGUAAGAUCAAGUUGUAAUGAGUGAAUUGUGCAAAUUGUAUGAACUCAAUCUCAUACCAUCUAGAAGCAUUUUGCAUUGUGUUACCUAUGUGAAAACUGGAGCUUGCUUGUAUAGUAUUGAAAACAAACACAAUGUGUGUAAAAUGAUGUGAAAGCAUUGUAUGUGCAUGCAAGUGCCACAUGUGUUCAUCUCUCUUGACUCUGUUUUUACUACACCUGCUUGGACAACUUGGGAUCAGCAUCAAGAAUGUAUAUACAACCCUCAGGAUCAAACUGCUUUGUUAUUUAUAUUAUCCCUAUGUGAUUUUGGUGUUUUGUGGCAGUGAUUAAAUAUAUUUUGUACUGACCAA